UGGGUGAUGUUUCUAAUUGUUGAUUUACUCUUUGAUUUUGGUAUUAGAUUAUCAAAAUAUUUUGGUCGAUAAACGUGGAGAGAAAAAAAAUGUUGGCUUCAUUCAGUUGAAUCGUCCAAAAGCACUUAAUGCCCUUUGUGAUGCUUUAAUAAGUGAAUUGACUGUAGCUCUGAAAGACAUGGAAAAAGAUAAAGAUAUCGGUGCUGUUGUUAUAACAGGAUCUGAGAAAGCUUUCGCUGCCGGUGCUGAUAUAAAGGAAAUGGCUGAUGUUAAAUUUGCUCAAGCAUUUGCAACCAACUUCUUGUCUCAUUGGGAUAGCGUGGCUAAAUUUAAGAAACCAUUGAUUGCUGCGGUCAACGGAUACGCGCUUGGUGGUGGUUGUGAAUUAGCCAUGAUGUGUGAUAUCAUCUAUUGUGGUGAUAAAGCUAAAUUUGGUCAACCUGAGAUCGCAAUCGGAGUAAUUCCUGGAGCUGGUGGUACUCAAAGGUUACCAGCAGCCAUUGGAAAGUCAAGAGCAAUGGAAAUGGUUUUGACAGGAACACCAAUUACUGCGCAAGAAGCUGAACAUUGGGGUUUGGUUAGUCGCAUCUUCCCAGCGGACAAAGUUGUUGACGAAGCAAUCAAACUCGGAGAAAAGAUCAGUUCACAUUCUAAAUUAGUUGCUAUGAUGGCAAAAGAAUCUGUUAAUUAUUCUUAUGAUACUACCUUAUCUCAAGGACUUAAAUCAGAAUUAAGAUUUUUCCAUGCUGCCUUUGGAACACACGACAAAAUGGAAGGUAUGAAAGCCUUUGUUGAGAAGCGUCCACCAUCAUUCAAAGAUGAAUAAAUCAAUUUCUUCCUAAUCAAAAGUUGGUUAACUGAAUGUUCCUCUAAACUAAUGAAAUGUUUUACAAUUAGUAGACAAAAAAGAUUAACACAGCGAAAAUUUUGUAUUCGUAAGAUCAUUUGUUUGUUAUCGAUACUUGUUUCUACGUUAAAUUAAAUAUUUAAUUUACAAUGAA